AUGUGGCACCAGUGCAGUUGGAAGGACAGAGCCCGUGAGUGUCACCCUGAGUGUGGGAUCCCUCACCAUCCCGAGGGCUCUGGAGUCACUGCCAGGCUCUGGCUCUGCUGGGACAGGGAUCAGGUGGAUCUGCUGGGUCAUGGGGAGCUCAGGUGGCACCACCCACACCCUCAGUGGCUGCCCCAGAGCCCUCACCUGCCUGUCCUGCCCCAGGUGUUCCGGCUGGAGGACUCCUGCUGCCUCUUCACCCUGCAGGGCCACUCGGGAGCCAUCACAGCCGUGUACAUGGACCAGACCAUGGUGCUGGCGAGCGGUGGCCAGGACGGGGCCAUCUGCCUGUGGGACGUGCUGACGGGCAGCCGGGUGGGCCACAUGUUCGCCCACCGCGGGGACGUCACGUCCCUGACCUGCACCACGUCCUGCGUCAUCAGCAGCGGCCUGGACGACGUCAUCAGCAUCUGGGACCGCAGCUCGGGCACCAAGCUCUACUCCAUCCAGCAGGAGCUGGGCUGCGGUGCCAGCCUGGGCGUCAUCUCGGACAGCGUGCUGGUGACGGGGGGCCAGGGCUGCGUGUCCUUCUGGGACAUCGGCUACGGGGACCUGCUGCAGACCGUGUACCUGGGCAAGAGCAACGAGGCGCAGCCGGCGCGGCAGAUCCUGGUGCUGGACAACGCCGCCAUCGUCUGCAACUUCGGCAGCGAGCUCAGCCUGCUCUACGUGCCCUCCGUGCUCGAGAAGUUGGACUGAGCAGGAGCGGGGCAGGCGGGACCGAGGGGGCUCGGCCCGAGGGGACGGGACGGCGGCUCCAUCGCUCCGGCCGUGCCUCCGGCACCUCCCCACCUCAGACACCCGGCAGGGCCCCGCCUUCCUGCUCCUCUCCCUGUCCCAGCACCUUCCCUGCCGUCCCGGGGGCUCCCAGGGAUGGUACAGAGGGACACAGGGUAGGGCAGGGGGGAACAGUGGUGGUGGCUCCCAGCGCUGACCUGCCAGGGCACGGAACAGCCCCCGGAGAGCCCCGGGGGCAGCGGGGAGAGGGCCGGGACCGACCCCCCGGGCGUGGCUCAGCCCCCACGUGCCUUAGGGCGUGGCAGGGCCCCCAGCCCCACCCCGGCCACAGCAGCCCUGCCCUAUUUAUUUAUAUGCUGUAAAUAGUUAUUAUUUAUUGGGGCAGGGGGGCACGGGGGGUCAGCACCCCCCUCACCCUGGCACAGCCGCCCUGCCUGGUCCCUCCUGCACCCCGUUUGCAGCAAUAGCACCUUCCUCCUCCUCCUCCUCCUGCUGCGGGGCCAGAGGAGGCUUUUCUCAGGUUGGGAGGGGCGGGAGCCUCGCCCACGCUCCUGCAGGUGCUGGGGAGGGACCCCCG